GUAUGUUCAAGAGCAGUGUCUACACGCCUAGCAGCCUUGAUGAUCGAGUACUUGCUGGUCGUCGCAGUUUAGGCUAGUGAGGGAUGGGCGAUUUCACGUUGUAGAUUGCAAUACGACUAGUACUACCAGCUUGCUACGCUUACCUUUCGUAAUCAUUCAUAUUAUAUAAGAAGUAAUUUUGUGGACAUUUAGUUGUUGUGGCAGUUUCAUAACGUCGUAAUGAUCUGACCUAAAUGAUAUGGAACUCAGAUCAUGGACAAUUGCGACGAUUAUGAAGCGAUUCCUACUUCGAAGUUUAGCACACACUUGCUUGCUGGAGCCAUGGCGGGUAUUGGAGAGCAUUGCAUAAUGUACCCUAUUGAUUGUGUAAAAACACGGAUGCAGAGUGUCCGUACAUCUCAGACGAUGUACCGCAGCGUGUUUGGAACGCUCAGCACUAUCAUUCAAAAUGAGGGAUUGUUCCGGGUCGUGCGGGGUCUGAAUAUUGUAGCUCUUGGAGCUGGACCUUCUCACGCCCUCUACUUCUCCUGUUACGAACAUUUAAAGAAGACACUGAGCUCUGGGAAACCAGGUCAAAAUCCAUUGGUUAAUGCUGUUGCCGGGAGCAUUGCGACCUUGUUGCAUGAUGCAGCAAUGAAUCCAGUGGAUGUUGUGAAGCAACGAUUGCAGAUGCACCAAAGCCCAUACAAGAGUGGAAUUGACUGCAUGAGGACUAUUUGGCGGAGCGAGGGCAGCCUCGCUUUCUAUCGUAGUUACACUACACAACUGACAAUGAAUAUCCCAUUUCAAGUCAUACAUUUUGUAACAUAUGAAAUUGGGCAAGAGACACUUAAUCCCAAGCGGGAAUACAACCCUAAAACCCACGUUAUCUCGGGUGGAUGUGCUGGAGCAGUUGCAGCAGCGGCCACAACUCCGCUGGACGUGUGUAAGACUUUGCUCAACACUCAGGAAAAGUUAGUUUUGAAUAAUAGAAACGGCACAAAUGUUGCAAUUACGGGUAUGAUCAAUGGGAUGAGAACGCUUUACGUAAAUGAAGGUCUUUCCGGAUUCUUCAAAGGCUUACGUGCCAGAGUAAUCUUCCAAAUGCCGGCUACGGCGAUUUCAUGGUCAGUCUAUGAAUUCUUUAAAUUCAUGAUCACUAAACACACGGAUACGGAGACUAACACAGCAGCUUCAACAGGGCUUGUGAUGGCAAGUACAAAUCUAUCAUUAAAGGGAGAGAAGCAGUAGGGUAAUUUGUCUUUAAAUUUCAAAUCAAGACAUUUUACCACAAGUUGUGAAUCGGAGGGAGAUUUGAUUGUGGCAUCACUACAGAAAGAUUUAAGGGGGAAAAUCACUAGAGUAAGCAUUUCUGUAGAACAUAUCAAAAUAUAAUCAUAUUAUUGACAGUGGUGGUGCCAGAGUUUGCACUAAUGUGUGUGGGAGGGGGUACUAAAGCUGUCCAACAGGGGUCUGACAACUUUCUGUUGGAUACUGUCAGGAUUGGGCUUGAAUCCUUGGAGGGGGCACCAGGGGUCUUCCCUUAGCGCCUAAAACUGGGGAAAUUUUAAGCCGUUGUGAGAUAUUUUAGCAUGUAAUAUGCCCAAAAGUUUUUAUAUUUAAGAAAAAAUAAAUUUGCCCAGUUUAUUGGUCUGACAAGUAGAAGGCAAGUUGAUUGCAUCAUGGGUGGCUUAAGUUCCUUGGGCCCGCUGGCACCGCCCCUGCUCGUGAAGAAGUAGAAUGGGAUUGUUGUUGAGUUUGUAAUAAAUAGAUGCAUAACUAUGAAAUAAUUUGUGAUAUUUUAGCUAAGAUUGUGAAUGUUGUGCUUGUAUACUUAGUACAGUACUACACUAUUGAUGGAUCAUAGAUUUAGGGUUGAAUUAAAAACUUAACAACUGAAGUGUUUCAUUAGGCUGGUGAUCACCUACUCUACAGUAAUUUCCAUUCCAAAAUUUUAUAUUCUUUUACUAGAAAAGUCCUUAGUCCUUACAUAUAUGUAUCCCCACCAAAUUGCCUAUUUCAAAACCCACCGUUCCCCAUUUUUAUAUUUUUAUUCAAUUAUUAUUGUUUGAUUGUCAAAUUAACUACAUCAAUCUUUAAAGGUAUUUGGAUUCACCUGGAUAUUUUUUAUAUUUAGCUCAUUGGAAGUGUUUACCCUUUCCUUUAAUGAUAUGGCCCAAGCGAACAAGUUACAAAGCAAUGGACCUUUCUGGGGUGUCAAUCAAACUUACCAAUCAGAACAUUGCCAGGAAUACGCGAAUGGCCAACACGCAUGUGUUUACAUACAUUCCGCUAUUGGGACCCUGGUUCUGGUAUAUGUACUACCCAAGUACCCCAGCAUAGAGGUUCACAUGGGUAGGGUUGAUCGUGGCACCUUCUGUGUUGUACAGUGUAUGGAGUGCAUAGUAUUAUCGCAGAGUUGUUGUAACAAGGGGCGGCAGGGCUUAGCGGAAAGGUCCAUUAAUCCCUAUCCCCAAUUUUCAAUGCGCUUGGGUUACACAAAUUGAUUGCUACAUACAUUAAUGUUAGAAAAGCAUUGGUUUAGUCAUCUUGGUCAGUGACUGAUCAAAAUCCUGUACUGUAUGGUUAAAUACCUGUAUCCUGUUAUGAUCCAUUGUUUUCUUGACCACAUGCAGUGAUCACUUCCUUUCAAACACUUCAAUUGACACUAACAACAUGAAACUAUAUGUUUAGCAUAUAUUAUUGUAGUCUUGCUCAAUCAUUUUAAAACAGGGGUGGCACCAUAGGGGGUGCACACAGACCCACCCACCCGUCAGGGAGAAAAACCACAAUUCGUCUAGGGAGAAAACAAUUAUAUGUAUUUUCUACAUAUUUGUAGGUUAAAUAAUCCUUUGAAACCCCCAAAUUUUCGAAGCCCCUGGACCACUCAAAAUAUUACGAUUGACGCCUGACCACGCCCACUCUGCUCUUGUCGGGCAAAUCCUGGAGCCACCCCAGUUUUAAAAAUAAUAGUAACAGUAAUAGUAUAAUAAUAGUAAGUGGGUAUUUGUAAAACAACAUUGUUUGCCAGAAAACAAGAAACAUAUUCUGCUUUUUAUUUUCUUGGUUAAUAAAAGCUGUAAACAUUUUAUCCAGAGCUGUAUUGAAAGCUAAUUGAUCAGUGUUAUUUUUGCAGUGUUGAUGUACAUUUAAAUUUAAAGUGCAAUUAACAGAAGACAAUUGGAAAUGAAAUAAAUCAAAUUAAAGCCUAGUAAUUUAUUCAUACUUUGUUUACAAUUCACAUUAAGUUUAAAAAUAGUUUGUUUUGAGUUCAGGCAUUUUUCCAGUACUUAGUAAUGCACUUUACAAUUGGGUACAGUAACUUGCUCUUCAACAGGCUGACUAUUUCUCUUGAAAUUGAGUAUUUUUCAAACAUUUUUACAAAAAAAGAAUUGAAGAUUUAAUUAAUAUUAACAGCCUUAUAAAUGCACUGGUUGGGCUAAGCUAAUUAACAUUUUGAAUUAAAUAUUUAAUAGCUUAGUUUUAUGUUAUUGACUUUCAAUUGAAAAUUAGAAUAAAAAAAUAUCUUAAUCUUCAAUUUACAGAAUUCUUAACUGGCUAGCAGUUAUUUUUGGAUUUUCGUAAUGAAAUGUCAGCAAAGAAAGAACUGAACGCCUUUUCUGUCUCGUUGAAAGUUUAUAACAUACUUGAUCCAUUUAAAUGAUUGAUUCUGUAUUUUUAUUUAAACAGGACUAACAAAUUUUACUGUCCUAUCAUAAAUAUCAAUAAUAUAUAAGUAUUGAAAAGAAUGUUGAGAACAAAAUUUCAUGAAAAUAAUUACAUUUUCGAUUAUUAUAUUGAUAUCUCACCAACGAUGCGUCUCAUUUUGUGGCGUUAUCUCUCGUAUAUUAAUAAAAAAUACGCACAAAAUUGUAGGAUUUAUGUAGGAUGUAGACAGUGAUUCAAGUUUGUUAAACCAAAAGGUACAAAUUUAUACAACAAAAUUAUAUACGAGGAUAGUGUAGAAGUGUGUGGUACUAUAUUAUACAGGUAUUCUAUUAUGAACUUUUUUUUAAUGUAUUAUCUAAGCAGGUUUUUUUUGGGGUUUUUUUCUACAUACUGUAUUGUAGAAUUUUGAAACAUCAUCUCUGUACAUUUUAAUUUGGUGAUUUUAUUAAAAGAAUGAAUGCAUUUAAAUUGAUAACUGUAUUUAAUAUUAUUAUACAGGAUCAUUGACCAUUAUAAUUGCUAUCAAAAAUUAAGAUGAAGUGAUUUUGUUGUUUGUUGAUUGUGUAUUUGAAACCAAAUAUACAUGAGUAAUUUUGAGGGUUGUAAACAAAUCCCAGUUAUUUCAUUUAUGUAAAUUUUUGUGACCAUAUUAGGCAUAGUAUAUUAUGCUAAUUUAUUAUUGCUUAUUAUGUUGUGCAGUAGAUUAUGACUACUUUGGAAAGUAGACUACCAUAAGGCGACUCUUUUUAUACCUUGUUUAGCGACUUUUAUUUUUUGCCAAUUAGAGCACUCGCCGCCACGAAGAAAUGGCUUGAAAUCUCCAAAAAAUAACAUAUAUUUCUUCCUAAUUAUAUUAAUUUAAAGCAUUUAACCAUCCUAUUACCAAACUGUUUACAUUCACCUCCGUCUGGAUAUUUUUGGCAAAACUAUUUCCUAAAUAAAUUUAGUUUUGAUUUUUUCCUUCCUCUGAUGAUCUUGAAACAAAGUAUAAAAAAAGUCUCGCCUGAACAUCUGUUGAAUCUAGUGGUUAAGAACCUGCAGACUGACAAAAAUAUGAAUGAGGUUCUUAUAUAUUUUCCUGGAUAUUAUAUAUAAUAGUUUUUGUUGUAUAACUUGUAGAACCUAUUCAGGCUGCUUUUAUAAAUGAAGAUUGUUAUAAACAGAUGAAAGUACAGUUGUUGUAUUCACUAUUUCAUCUUUUUUUAAUAGCAGUACACUGAAAAAUUAUUUGUAUAGCCUUUGAAAUAUUAUUAGCCCUAACCACAGCUCAAGUGCCUUGCCCAAGCGAAAUUGAUCGUGUGGGAUUCUUAGCUGUCUACACUAUCAUGUGACCAUGUGAGCAUCACCUUUUUAGUUCCGUUAGACUUGGUUGAGAUCUUUUUUAGCUGUACUUCCUCUAUUAUACUGCCUUUAUGAGGCAUUCUAUAAACACUUGGCUGCUUUUCCCCUUGUCUAUGACCUUGAUAUGCAGAGCCAGAAAGGCUGUUUUCACAUUAAAUAAUUCUUUCAUUUAUUUAGAUUUUAAUAAUGUUAUAGUUAUGAUAAUUAUUGUGAUUACUAAUUAUGUUUAAAAAAGUUUCCAAAUUGACUCCCUAACCACCAGGUAAUAAAAAAGGUUAUGUUCAAGCACUGAGUAGAUAUUGGUAGAGGAAAUGUACUGAAAGUAUUUAAAUAAGAAAUAAUAUCCACAUUAAUUAAAAUAGUUUUUAAUUUGUACACAUGAUUAUAAAUGUACUAUUGCAAUAGCAGCCUAAUCUAAUUGCAUAUCUUUAUCUUAUUCAAUUGAUCAAUACAUUUUUUUGAGAAAGUAUAAUACAUUUUGAAAAAA